AAAAAGGAGAAUGCAGAUCACUGGAAGCUACAGACACCUGAAGGACCUCCAGAAUUGUGAAGGCACAAAGGGUUCCGUCCUCUGAAAAGACAUGUUCCGUCUUCUGUUGCUGCUCCUGGUGGGGACCAUCUAUGCUCAAGAACUUGAUGCUUAUGAUCAUAGCAAAGCAGAAACAGCUGUUCACGGUGACUUAGAAGAAACAGCUGUUCAGGGUGACUUAGAAGAAACAGCUGUUCAGGGUGACUUAGAAGAAACAGUUGUCCAGGAAGACUUAGAAGAAACAGCUUGCACAGACAGCCAAGAGGAUGAGAGUGAUAUAUCAGAUGACCUGCAGACCUCUGACCAGGAUAAAUGCCACAAUGUUGGUGUCUUUCCUGGCAAGGGGACUUGCUCCUAUCGUGUUUUUAGACGUUUGAGGAAAUUCUGGAGGGCUCAGCACAUCUGCAGAUGUUCACGAGGAAAUCUAAGUUCUCUACACAGCUUUGGGGCUAAUAACCAAGUGCGAUGUCUGGUAAAGAGAAAGUGCACUAAUCUGAGUUAUGCAUGGAUCGGCGUGUAUAAAGUCAACAACUGUGUGAGAAAUGUGGAUGGGAGCAGGGUGAACUACACCAACUGGUCUUGUGGACUAAACCAGUCCACGGGGAGAUGCGUUGCCAUGAAUUUGUCAACCGGCAGGUGGGUCUUUCUCCCCUGCAACACUCGACUGCCCUUCGUUUGCACCGUCUGAGAGGCAGCCGAAUCCCUGAUGUCAUAGCUACGCCAUGCUACACCAAUCAAAGCAUAUUAUAUUUUUUUUUUCUCCUUUUAAACUUUGACCCACUGGCAAUAAGGUUGUUAACAGUAAAAAAAUAUCAAUAAAUCACAAUGCAGUUUAAAUUA